UCUUUCUUUUCUUUUCUUUUUUAAUUUUCUCAGUCUUCUCCUCACCUUCAAUAUAAAAGAGUGAGGAAAUUUAACCUACCACCACUUACCUUACAUUACUCGAUUUGUUCAAAUACAAAGCUCUCAGUGUCUAAACUAAGAGGGUAGGAGCUCGGAGCUGACAUAGUUUCUGGUUAGUUAGUUUAUGGCAAUACCACCGGCAGCCAUCAUGAGCAACGACCCCAACGAUAAUACCAACAUUAACGUCGUCGACGACCGCAACAACAACAACAUGAGCAGCAGCAGCAACAGCAAAGAUGAACACGAACACGACAUGGUCAUGCCUGGUUUUCGAUUCCAUCCUACGGAGGAAGAACUUGUAGAGUUUUACCUUCGCCGUAAGGUUGAGGGCAAGCGCUUCAACGUGGAGCUCAUUACUUUUCUUGAUCUAUAUCGCUAUGACCCUUGGGAGCUUCCCGCCUUGGCAGCAAUAGGAGAGAAAGAAUGGUUCUUCUAUGUGCCUAGAGACCGAAAGUACAGAAACGGGGAUCGCCCUAAUCGUGUUACGACAUCCGGCUACUGGAAGGCAACGGGAGCUGACCGCAUGAUUCGAGGUGAGAACUCUCGAUCAAUUGGUCUCAAGAAAACCCUAGUCUUCUACUCCGGAAAAGCUCCCAAAGGUAUCCGAACCAGUUGGAUUAUGAACGAGUAUCGCUUGCCUCACCACGAAACUGAACGCUACCAAAAGGCUGAAAUAUCACUUUGCCGUGUGUACAAGAGACCUGGAGUGGAAGAUCACCCAUCACUCCCCCGUUGCCUACCAACUAGGCGGUCAGCAGAGUCAUCGAGAGGACAACAGUCAGAGAAGAAAUACCCCCAAGAGGCAGCUCAACAAGCCAUGGAAAGAUUUCAAGCUUUUGGAGGAGGACAACCACAACAAAUGGAGAUUGAAAAGUUAACUGAAACUGAUGGAAGCAGCAGUACUAGUACUUCUGAUGUCACAACAGCUCUCGGACUUUCCAAGCAGAACCUGUACCGUCCAAUGCCUCCUAUUAGCACAACACUUGGGUUGCCAUCUGGAAUGGAAGGGGAAGGAAUGUUCUUAAAUCAGUCAAAGCAAGGCUGCUGCUCUUUACUCCCCAAUUCGACUACUCUCUUCCCAGUAGGUUCUUCUUCUGUUCCAUCCAAUGUUGUCGACGACCUCCACAGACUAGUAAGCUACCAACAAGUUGCAUUGAACCAGCAGCAAUACUACAAUACAAAUCAUCCCCAUCCCCAUCAACAACAACAUCAACCACAAUCGGAGUUUUCUACGUUGCCCCCACAAUCACAGGCACAACCGCAACAGCUUUCCCUCAACGUACUACCCAGCGCAAUUCCAAGUCCAACGGCCUUCUCGGACCGGCUGUGGGAGUGGAACCCAAUCCCAGAACCAAAUAGGGAGUAUAACAAUCCUUUCAAGUAGGCGCCGCAGUAUUGCUUAUAUUAUAUCUACUAUAUGUUGCUACUAAUUUGUAUUUAUUUCUCUACUGGGAUUUAGGGCAUUAAUUAUGAGGUUGUUUGAUUCCUUGAGUGAUUAAUUCUUGCUGCUGUUUAGCUAGCUAGAUAGAUAGGGUAUGUAGCUGCAAUUUAACUGAAGGAAGGAUAAGGAAUAGAUUUUGUUAUCACUUUAGCUCUCAUAUAUUGUUAGAUUUUGAAGGAAAAAAAAUAUUAUGCUUUCCGGAA